AUGCAGGCCGCAUACUGGAGGGCGAGCGGCGAGCCCGUGCGCCAGGUGACCGACCUGCUGGACAAGUGCGUGGAGAUGGGCCUGACCGUCGUUCGCAUGUGGGCCUUCUUCAACGAGCCAACCGACGACCGGGACCAGAGGGGAACGCCCAAGGCGCUCGAGUAUCAGCCAGGCGUGUACAACGAGGAUUUCUUGUGGGGCCUUGAUUACGUCAUCUCUGAAGCUGGCAAGCGCGACAUCAAGUUGCUGCCGGUUCUCACAAACUACCAGAAAGAAUACGGAGGAAUGCGCCAGUAUGCAAACUGGGCACUGAGGCGAACAAACCUGCGCUCAGAGGACUUCUACACGUCUCCGGAUGCCAUUCGAAUGUUCGAGAACCACGUGAGGAAAAUCGUCACGAGGAGGAACUCCAUCACCGGCGUUAACUACAG